ACAUGGUUCGAAUUUGUCUACUCUUCCUAAAGCACAGAACAAUGUUCUUAAGCAGCACGUCUGGAAGCGUGGGGAAACCACGGGUCGCUUGUGUAUGGCCUGGCUGUAGUGUAACCACUCUAUCACCCAGUGCCAUGGCGAUACACAUGCGCACUCAUACAGGGGAACGUCCGUAUGCCUGAACGCACGUCGGUUGUAGCGGCGCUUUUAAUACCGCUAGCAAUCUCACUAGGCAUAUGCGCACUCACACAGGGGAACGUCCGUACGCCUGUACGCACCCCGGUUGUGGCGUCGCUUGUAGUACCACUGGUGGUCUCACAGUGCAUAUGCGCACUCACACAGGGGAACGUCCAUAUGCCUGUAAGCACCCCGGGUGUAGCAGCGCUUUUCGUACCGUUAGUGAUCUCGCAAGGCAUAUGCGCAUUCGCACAGGGGAACGUCCGUAUGCCUGUAUGCAUCCCGGUUGUAGCGGCGCUUUUAAUUCCUCUGGCGAUCUCGCAAGGCAUAUGCGCAUUCACACAGGGGAACGUCCAUAUGCUUGUAACCACCCCGGGUGCACAAGCGCUUUCACUCAAUCCAGCUCGCUUAGUAAGCACACGCGUACUCACAUAGUUGAUCGGUGAUAUACUGGAUGCGACACCGUCGAGACAGACUAGUGUGCAUACAACACAGAUGUACAGGGACCGUGUGUACAGACUAGUGUUCAUACAACACAGAUGCACAGGGACCGUGUGUACAG